AGAAAAGUAUGAUUCGAUCGAUGUGAAUGGGAUUCUUUCUGAAUGUAUAAUGCAUUCUACUUGCAUUCUGCUUCCUGUUUGGAACAAGAUCUUCAAGUGAGUCCAGUUGCAGCAGGUUGAAGUUGAAUUCCAAGAUUGUAUGAUCUCCUUCUGAAACAAAAAAACGAAAAAAAAAAAAGAAGAGAAAAUGGGGUGUGUUGUUUCGAGGACGGAUCAAGAAGAGAGGGUUCAAUUGUGUAAGGAGAGGAAGAGGCUUAUGAAAGAAUUGGUUGGGUACAGAAAGGAAUUUGCAAACUCCCAAUUGUCAUAUUUGAAGGCACUGAAGAACACUGGUGUGACUCUUAGGCAGUUCACUGAGUCGGACUCGUUAGAUCUUGAAAGUGUGUCUUGUGAUGACCAGGCAUUGCCUCCCUCUCCACCUUCUCCGUUUCUUCCACCGCCGCCGCCUCCUCCCCCUUUUAGCCCUGAUUUAGGGAAGGAUGGCGACAGUUGUUGGGAAGAGAAUGAGUUGGAGAAGAGCCAGUCUGGAGAAACUUUUGAUGAUAACUCAUCGAUGAUGAGUUGGUUUGACAAGGACUCUUCGGAUGUGGCCAUGGAAGCAGCAAAGAACAACAGAAAGACACUUGAGGGGAUCAUGAGGGAUUUAGAUGACCAUUUCCUCAAAGCAUCAAAUGGCGCGACAGAAAUAGCUGUUUUUAUUGACAUCAACGUCGGGGAAAACUCUUUUCCAUGGAAAAUCAAAGAAAAUAAGGGGAAGAAGGGCUGGUCUUCCAAGUCCCUUUCAUUCUCUAGAGAUUCUGUUCAGCAUGGACCAAACCAGCCUUGCAAGCCUGGUGCUCAUUGCGCAACUCUUGACACACUUUAUGUUGCAGAGCAGAAUCUUUACAAGGAAUUAGAGGUAGAAAGGAAAAUGAUGGUGCUGCAGAAUCAAAAUGACAACAGUCCAGAGACAGAAAAUAGGCUGCAAGAAUCAGUAGAAUCAAUAACUAAAAUCUCUUCAUCCAUUUUGGAGCUUAUCGAUGACGAUCUUUACCCCCAACUGGUCGCAUUAACUUCUGGGCUGAUGGAGAUAUGGAAGAUGAUGUGCAAAUCUCAUGAAGCACAGAGUCAUAUUUCGAGUCAGUUAAACCGUGUCACUGAGAGUCUAAGCUUAGACAAAAUAACAGAAUCCCACCGCCUGGCUACUGCCCAGCUCCAUGCUGAGGUUUCUUUUUGGUACAACAGCUUCUGUAACCUCAUAGGAUCACAGCAAGAGUAUGUCAGAUCUCUCUGCACCUGGAUCCAACUCACCCAUAUCCUUGCUGAGGACCAUCGCCAGAGUCAUUGCUGGCUUGCUCUUCGUCGCCUCUGCGAAGAAUGGCAGCUUGGCUGUGGCAAAUUACCAGACAAGGUGGUUGCAGAGGCCAUUAAGAGCUUUCUCAUGGCAAUCCAAUCAAUAAUCCAACAGCAGGGUGAGGAGCAGAACCAGCAGAAAAGAUGUGAAAAGCUUGAGAGAAGGUUGGAGAAGGAGCUGAGCUCAUUAGCUGAGAUGGAAGACAGAUUUGAGGGUCUUACUGCUGCAGCUAGCCCAAAGCACCCUUUGUCUUUGAAACGCGGCAAAGUUGAAGCCUUGAAGAAGCAAGUUGAUCUGGAGAAGGCCAGACACCAGAACUUGGUCCAGUCUUACAAGGCCAUGGUUCUGAACCAUUUGAAAGCCAACCUCCCAGCUGUUUUCCAUGCUUUGCUCGUCUUCUCCAAUGCUUCUGCUGACGUUUUUGACUCCAUUCUCAGCCCGACGACCACCUCAGAAACCCAUUGAUCGUUACUUGAUAUUCAUAUGUAAAAACCGGGUCGUGUUUGCUCGACUUUCCUUGCCCAUUUUUCACCAUAGCUUAAGGCAGCAUCCAAGGUAUCAGCUGCCCUGUAGAGUUCUGGAAUCGAAAUGCGGAGUUUUUCCCCCCAGUGUCUAACUAAUUGG